GGUUUUGUGAUUGCUAUAAAGGUAUUUCUAGCUAGCGACCCCUCUCUCCCGGGGCUUAUCCUUUUGAGGCCGAAGAGCGAGAGGAUCGCCGCUGCCGCCGCCUCGUCGGUAAGAGGAACCCCACUUCGUCCUUCACGUUGCCAAGUCGAAAUGGCUACCGUUCCCGAGCCACUUAUCUGGGAGAUUGUUAAGAGAAACAAUGCUUUUCUUGUUAAGCAGUUUGGUAAUGGCAAUGCCAAGGUGCAGUUCAGCAAAGAGCCGAACAAUCUCUACAAUGUGAAUUCCUACAAGCACUCUGGGUUGGCGAACAAGAAAACAGUGUCCAUUCAGCCAGGAGGGAAGGACGUCUCCGUGGUUCUUGCAACCAGUAAGACGAAGAAGCAGAACAAACCUGGUAGUCUAUACAACAGGUCGGUCAUGAAGAAAGAGUUCCGUAAGAUGGCAAAGGCAGUCAAGAACCAGGUGACCGACAACUACUACAGACCUGAUUUGACCAAAGCAGCUCUUGCAAGGCUCAGUGCUGUACAUCGCAGCCUCAAGGUUGCCAAGUCUGGUGUGAAGAAGAGGAACAGGCAGGCUGUUAAAGUAAAAUACUAGGUCUCUGGAUGGUGUUCCGGCUGCCCUUAUUGGCUGUUCUUCAACUGUUUGUCUUUGGAAGAGUUUUAGUUGAAGACUUCUCAAGUAGAAUCAUGAAACUGUUUUCGUCUUUUUCUUCUGUUUUACCUUUAAGUUUUCUGGGAAGUUAGUUUAACUUGAGAUGCUUUAUCUGCUUGGUUGAUUAUGAGUUUGAAACAGUGUAAUGGUUAGAUGAUUUUAAGCCCUUCAUAUUUUUAUAGACAUCCACCUUAUUAUUUGGUACGUCUAUUUAACAUGAAGAUAUGGAGUGGAAUAUUCUGCCUCUGCA